AUGCCUGAACCAUCCCAGAUAGCGAUGCCUGAACAAUUUCAGAUAGCGAUGCCUGAACCAUCUCAGAUAGUCAUGCCUGAACCAUCUCAGAUAGCGAUGCCUAAACAAUCUCAGAUAGUGAUGCCUGAACAAUCUCAGAUAGUGAUGCCUGAACAAUCUCAGAUAGCGAUGCCUGAACCAUCUCUGGGAAAGUGUUCUCCAAAUGUAUUUCUUAGUGACUCUGAGCCGACUCUCCGCCUGACCGCCGACGUCCCGUCAUACGCUCUGGCCAGGUGUCGAAACGGUGACAAGCCGCUGAUUGCUGUGGAUGUAGUCAACUUCAAACUAGACAGCUCCUUCGAUCAGUCUUCUGUGGGCGAGCGCUGCCAGUUCUACAAAAAGGCCGGUAUCCGGACGUACACAGUGGACGUUGAAGUUGGCUGGGGAGACCGGGACACACAAAUUAUUCAGCAACGAAAAAUUCACACCAUAUCCUGUGCUUACGACGCCCAUGGCAAAGCGGUCUCAAAAACAGAAACCAUUGCUGAUUGGUUCCUGAACCCGUGGGAGAAGCAAACGCUUCUUGGCGCCAAUUCCACCGCUACUUUCACCCUGAAGGUCAUGGAUGUGCUCGGACAGGAAGUGACGUCAGAGCAGAUUGCUAUUGGCAGGAAGAUGUGGAGACGGCUUGAUCUUUCCCAAACGUCUGGAUUUGAAACCCGGGGGAACUGCGUGUACAGCCCGUGGUUCGAGGCCUUCAAAUUAUCAGGGGGAGAUAAUACCGUUAGGUUCGAAUGCACCUAUACGGCCUGUAACGAGAACUGUGAUGGGAGUGGUAACGCCUCCACAUAUGACGUCAUCGUUCAGUAUAGCUCCGCUUACCUGGCUCACACAGACGAGAAGCACACUGUCACGUGUUCUGAUGGCGGGAACGUUGGGUUGGUUGGUACUGUGAUCAACAGUGGUGGUCUGGACGGAAUUGACCUUGGCGGCCUCAGUGGACAGUCAGUCAGCCAGACGUCACUCAACGUCCCUAUCACCAUGCAGGUCAUUAACGAAGGCACGGGCAAUCCCGUCUCCUCCGUGAUUCGAGUAGGAGAACGCCUUACGCUGCAAGUUUCCAUGGAUACAACUAAACCAAAUGACUAUGUGGAUUUCUUCGUUGAGUCUUGUUCCAGUUUUAACCGUGACUACCGAUCAAACUCUGCCACCACAUCCGGUCAGCUGUUGGAAAAAGUCCUUGUCUUGGACAGGUGCCCCUCUCCCGAUGCCAUGGACGUUCUCUCCGGUGACCUCCAGAAGUCCGCGAACACGGUGUCCAUCGGCUUCCGGGGCUUUAAGUUUGAGGGGCAGGAUUCUCUUUACAUGUCCUGCUCGGUGAAGCUGUGUCGGGCGGCGGACAGAGCUAGCUGUGAUCCGAAAACGUGUGACGGCAGCUCGACAAGAAAAGGUUACGGGCGUAAGAGAAGACAGGUGGACGAAGACAACAAAGUGAACGUCACCAGGAAGGUCUUCGUUGUUACCUUUGGAGACAACACCGUUAUGGUGCCAGUGGACACGUCCCCAGUCGUGGAGAAGGAACGAUGCAUGGAGAAUACCGCCUUUGUGGCAAUUGUAGCGGUAUUCGGGAUCGUGCUGACGGCUGCUGUCGUUGCGGCCAUUUUGCUAUGCCUGCGUACUUAUCACCUGCAGAAGGAGAAGAAAGUUGGUGGGAAGGCUUAAAGGCAUCUCCAUGAAAACUGACACUUUUGACAAGUAAAAAAAGUUCUUGAGCAAUCUUUUUAGGUGGGAAAUUUGACAUGUUAUUUCUCAGGUUGAUGUUCUAAUUUGAAGAACUAUGAAACCCGUACAUCAAACAUUUGAACUGUGAACUGUGAAUCUGUCUAAAAAAAAAAGAAAAAAAAAACAGAUUUCCAUAUUACGACAUUUUGUAAAACUAAAGCAUGGCGGGAUAAUUAUUAUCCAUACUUGAACGUGUUUUAUGCUACUUGGAAGCAAAUAUGUAAAGUUUCGUCUGUAAAUAAACACUGCAUGCAUUUGUGUAUGUUUAAUUAAACAUAGAGAUCCACGAAAGUUGCUUUAUACGUGGCAACAAGCAUUAAUAUCCUAUAUAAAAUGUAGAUACUAUUAUAAACCUGAAAAUAUCAACUCCAAGUCAU